AUGAAGUUCACGACCGCCUUCGCCGUUGCCACCGCUGUGGCUUUCAGCUCCACUGACGCUGAACGACUCAAGACCGGUGUCUGCUACUCUCCGUGGCACCACCAGAACGUUAACUGGGACGUGCUGCAGAACGACAUGAGGCAGGUGGCCCAGCACUUCUCGAGCAUCCGUACCUACGAGGCUUCAUUGGCCGGUGUGAACGCGGUCGACAUGGCUGCUGCCGCCGGCAUUCGUGUCGCUGUGGGCGUGCAGCUGCAAAACCCUGGCCGUAUCGAUGCGGAGAUUCAGGCGGUGUGUGAAGGCUACGCUCGCAAUCCGUGGGCCGUCGAAGCUGUCUACGUCGGCAACGAGGACAUGCAGAACGUUGAAUGGCUCGAUGUGUGCUCGUAUAAGUAG